CGUGGCCCCCAGUUCGGGUUCAACCAAUGCAAUGCGACUACUUUGGGUGACACGUCGAAUUGUCAGACUUUGGUCUUCAACGGUCCCGACGAUUUCUGUCUCUGGGGUUCUCCAGACGCCAGUGGUCUCAUUGGCAACGUGGAGGCAAAGGUCGUCGCAUACUGCACGAAGCCGUACCACGGUACACGUGUCAUCCCCCCAGGGUCCAUUACUGGGUUGCAGUGGACUAAAACUUCGGGCUACAUUCAAGCCAUAGGUUGGAUCAAGAACGCUGGGAUCGGCUUAGAUCCUACAGACCAAGGCGGUGAACUCGACCCACACGGUGCAGAUCUCCAGGGCAAUCCCCUCGGUGGUGUUGUUUUCUCAAACGGCACAGCCGAUUCCGAUGGGCACACAUUAACUCAGGUAUACAACUGGAAUACUUUUGUGGGAGGCAACAAGUUCUGCUUCAAAGCUUGCUACAACUCGGUCGAAAGCCCGGAUUACUGCGAGAACAGAUAUGAUUUGGUCGGUUGCGACUACAACAUGCCCUCUUCCGCCAAGGACGGCGAGUUCACCUCGUGCGAUGGAGAUGUCCAGGACGUCGUGGGUGUCUACAGU